AUGGCUUUCGGACAAUCAGACAAUAAUGAGUUCUUCAAUUCUUGGGCAUUGUGGCAGAAAAUGACCUUUGUACUUGCUUGCGGAAUCGUGGUCACAAUAUUCCUGGGUCUCCUCAAGCUUUGGUACGACCGCAGCAAGAUUCGCAAGUACAGCAAGGUCGACAAGGGCAAGCAGGCCGCGACGCCGGAGAUGCUCGAGUCGCAGCCCGUGCAGCUGGUUCAAGCAGACGAGAUGAAGGACGAGAUCCCAUUCGGUGUCCGCGCCAUUGAGAGCGGAAUUGAGAUUGACGGUGUCUGGAUUUCGCGCUCCAACACACCCGUUGGCAGCAGCCGUGCUUCGAUCGUCUCCGAGAACAGGCUACCUCGCAGCUUUAACAACUCAGCUCUUGAACUCCCUCAGAUGUCGUACGCCUCGAGUCGUGGUAGCUCCGCCGCACCCAGCUCAUUCGACCGCGCCGUUUCUGCUGAGAGACUGCCCACCAACGACUCCCGCUCAGGAUCGCCGCCCAACCAGGGUCACCAGACUCGCCCUGGACCUUCGUCUUCUCGCUACAGCCAGUCUAACUUUGGCCGCAACUCUACCACUCCGGCGAACCUCGAGCAAGGCCGCUCAGGACCUCCUUCUCCCCGCAAUGGCCAAUUCGGCGAGUCCAGCGGCUCUUCGAAGAAGUCCAGCCGCCGCACCAGCGACGAGUCUGAUUACAUGGCCGUUGGUCAAGACGUGCGAGCAUACGAGACAGCAUACAUGAGGCCUUCAUCCGGCCUGAGUCCCAUUGACCCCCGCACCGACCUCGACCUCCUCCAGACCCACCGCAUGUCCCACGUCGCUGAGACUGGACAGCUCACACCGCGAGUCCGCAAACCAGGUAAUAGCGGCGAGUGGGCCAGCGUUGCGGACAACCAGGUUGCUACGCACAAUGGUGUUAACUAUUUCAUGCCUCAGAAGACUCCUUCUCCUCCUCUGCCUCCUAUCGUCGACCCGCAAGAAGAAGCCGCCGGCUACGCAUCCAGCCAUGUCCCCGCCUCGCAACCUCAGGAACAGAAUCAGUACCGGAUUAGCCAACAGGGUGUCCCCCUUCAGGAGUCGUAUGCACCGAACGCUCCCUACUACCCCGACACAUACCAAGUCCGCGGUCCCCAGCACCAGCCAUCCUACGACGAGGUCCCGUACGAAGUUCAGACAAUGCAAAACAACCAGCGCCCCGAUUCUCAGGUACUCCGCAGCGUCAACUCUGGCUUUCAAGUGCUGAAGCCAGGCACAUUUGCCCCCCCAGCCCCCGAAGAGAUGGAGAUGACCGACAAGGGCGAGAGGAGACAGUCCACAGGAAGGAAGCUCCAGAAGAAACGCCGCUCGUCUGGAGAAUCAAGGAAGUCUGCUUUCACCGAGCAGGUCUAA